AUUUUUUUUUUUCAAUCUACAGAAAUGAGUGCAGGCGGGAAGAAGGCGCGCGCAGUCGAUCCGAGCGACUUGGACAACGACGACGAGCACCAGGAAGAGCUCGGCCAGGCGUCGUUUGCAGACAUGCUGCUCGACAUUGAACGAAACAACUUGUACGACGCGGCCAUCAAGCGGACGAUCGCAACGCGACUCGCAGCAGGACUACCGCCGCCGGUCGUGCUGGAUAUUGGCACUGGAACAGGCCUCCUUGCAAUGAUGGCAGUGCGGGCGGGAGCACAGCGCGUCGUCGCGUGCGAGGUCUUCAAGCCAAUGGCUGCCGUCGCCAAACUCAUCGCGCGAGAGAACGGCAUGGGUGACAAGAUUAGCGUCUUUGGCAAGCACUCGACAGACCUCAAGCUGUCCAACAAGGCCGACAUGCUCAUCACGGAGAUUUUCGACACAGAGCUCAUUGGCGAAGGCAUUCUCGCCGCGCUCGAGCACGCUCAGCAAAAGCUCCUCAAGCCGCAGCAAACACCGCUGCUGCAACAGGACCAGCCUGCUCGGUUUGAUGUUGUUCCUGGAAGCGCAACCAUGGUUGGCCAGCUCGUGCACUGCCCUGCGCUGGAAAAGUGGUCGCACUACCCGCUGAAGAGCUCGGCCCCGCAUUCUUCUUCCACGCCACAGUCAGCAGAGCCGCUGCCGCCGCAAAAGUUCAGCGACUGGACGUUUGCUGCAGACCAAUCGCGGCAUGAUGUCUGCCCGAGCAUCACUCUGCCGCACUCGACACAGCUUGACAGGUUGGCCGACAACAUCACUGCGGUCUCUCCGCCGUUCGCCUUGAUUGAGUUUGAUUUCACCCGACCCGUCGUGUUUGGCGCCCAUGGCGUGCGCAAGAACGCAGUGCAGGUGGCGCUUCACGCCGACGUGCCCGAAGACAAGCGCGAGUGUCACGCCUUGGUUGUGUGGUGGGUGCUCCACUUGGACAGCGAAACGCACUUGUCGACAGCACCCUGCUGGAUUCCGCACACGUCCACCGAGCCGCGGCAGUGGCGUGAUCACUGGAUGCAAAACGCCUAUGUCCUCCCACGAGGGCGGCCACGGCUGUUUGCCCCAGGUUCGCUCGUGACCGUCGAAGUAUCCCACGACUUGUAUGCCAUCCACUGCCACGUUUCGGCUGGCGCAGUGCAAUCCCAAGAACCUGAUCGACCGCUCUCUGGUGGCACGAGCUGCACCUGCGACGCGCACAAUCUCUGCGGCCGAGAGCAACUCUGGCUGUAUAACGACACGGAAAAGAUGGGCACUGUGUGGCGAUGGAUUGACUCGGCCAUCAGCCGGUGCCCCGAGACAGUUCGAGCGGUGGCGCUCGGUGACAUGCCCCAUGUAGCAGGCAUGAUUGCCUCGACUGCCCUGCGAGCAAACAAAACCGUGGGGCAAGUCCAGGUUGUGUCCCUCGCUCCACACCAGUCUGCCAUCCCUUCGCCCUCGGCUGUGGCUCGUCAGGUCUUGUUUGCCAACCAGGUCGGGGACGUGGUUUCCAUCCAGGCAUCGGAAGACACGGUGAAUGCGUUUGUGGAAAAUCCUGUUUUUGUUCCCGCCUCAUUGCAGGACAGGUCUGGCACAGCCCCACCGCCCUCAGAUAGUGCCCGUCGCGUACAAUGGUACGAAGGCGAAGUGGAUGUUGUCGCUGGCAUCCCAUACUACUCGGAUAUCUGCAUUCCACACGAGACGCUCUUCCGCUUCCGAAACGAACUGCGCGAGCUUGCACCGCUGCUCAGUCCGACUGCACGCGUCCUGCCUCAAGUGGGUCGCUUGAUGGCUGUGGUUGUUCAGCUGGACGAGCUGUGGAAGAGCCACGGCGAGAUCAACGGCGCCAGCGGAUUUACCAUGGCGGCGCUCAAAUCCGUUCGCCAAGCCUCGUCCAAGGGCGAGUACGUGUACAACAUGCACGAGUACGGCUUUGUUGCGCUAUCGCAGCCCCAGUGUCUGAUGCGGGUGGACUUCCAGGCUGUCGUCGGCGCGGCCGCUUCCGAUACGACGUCCUCCUCUCCUGUUCAGCACCAGUGCCAGCUCAAUGUCGACAAGGCUGGUGUGGCGCAUGCCAUCCUGACUUGGCUCGAGUAUGGCGUUGACAACGUUGGCGACAUUCAGUUCAGUCCACUCGUGUCCACGCCGCAUUGCUACGUCUCGAGCUUGCGCUUUAUUGACGCCUUCCCAUCCGUCACCGCAUCGUCGAUUCUAACUGUUAGCGCAGCUGAAGAGCGUGAUAAUCUUGAAUUUGCAAUGUCCUGGAACUGAGCAUAAAGGAGCUAGAGCAAAAUCCGUUUUGUGUGUUCAUUGUUCCACUUCCACUGGCAUCUAAUGUAGUAGCACACGCGGGUUUUGUUUUGUUUCAUUUUUCUAUUUGUUCUAGUAUACACUUUCCACUC